UAUACUGAGCAUUUUUUUGUUGUUGUUACUCUGUUUUGUUAUUGUUCUUACACUGCAAGCAAGAAUUUCACUGUUCCAUUUUGGAACAUACGACAAUAAACACUCUUGACUCUUGAAGAAUCAUAUUCCUGUAUUUGAGGAAGAUUCAUUUUAGCUUUUAUCGCAAGUGAAGACAUGGAUGGUUUUAUUGGCGACAAAGAGAACUGCAGAUGCUGGACUCUUGGACAAAACACAAAGUGCUGGAUGGACACAGCAGGUCAGGUGACAUCUGUGGAAGGAAUGGACAUGCAACAUUUCGGGUCAGGUGGUUUUAGUUCUCCACGACUCUGAUUUUAGGUAUUCUUCUGCUUUUGCUUUUCCCCAAAAAGUUCUGAGAAUAUACGUUCUUUCCCCAGUUGCCAAAUUGCGCUCAUUUCAAAGAAAGAGGUAAUCAUUUUUUUAAAGCACUGCUAAAUCAAUAAUCUACCAUGAAUUUUAAGACGGGAAAGCUGAAUGUUGUUUACCUGACAUUUGAAGUACACUUUCCCUUGAUUUGCACAUAAUUUGAGAUCCCAAGACCACUAAAUGCUCUCGCGGUUGUAACAGUCACAAUUCUCAGAGGGGGGCUCAUUGGAGAUGAUUAUAUCAGUUCACCAACCAAAUACCAGGUGAUUUCAAAAGUGCUCUAUAAAUGGGGGAAGGUGUUGUUAGAAGCUUCAUUGGUCGUCAAAAUGAGGUUCUGUUACCGAUUAUGUUUUCUGUGGUUUUCCUUUGAGUUUUCAGGGUUUGAGAUGGCCUCGCCGGGCUGUAACCUUCAGGAAUAUACAGCGAAUGGGGUCUUGCAACACGGUAAUAUAAUUAUUGGAGGCGUCUUCCCACUUCACGGCACUGCGGCUGUAUCCAAUUUGUCUUUCACGACCAAGCCAAAUCACCGAAUGUGCAAUGAAAGGUGGGUACACAUUCAACAUGAAUUUCUUUUUUCAAGAUUCAACAUUAGGAAUUACCGAUGGAUGCAAGGAAUGAUCUACGCAAUUAAGGAAAUAAAUGACAAUUCAACACUGUUACCAGAUGUAACUUUGGGUUAUGCCAUCUAUGAUACUUGCUACAAUAGCCCAACAGCAAUAGAAGAUGUGUUUGCACUGAUAUCUGGGCAUCGUAAGUUCACACCAAACUACCAGUGCCAGUUAAAUUCUACCUUAGCUGCUGUGGUGGGUGCAUCAACCUCAGCGAUCUCAAUUGCCAUGGCAACAGUACUUGGGAUUUAUCGGUACCCCCAGGUCAGUUACUUUUCAUCCAUCCCAAGUCUCAGUGACAAAGAAAGAUUCCCAUCAUUUUUCCGCACCAUGCCAAGUGAUAUAUUUCAGUCCAAGGUCCUUGUCAAACUGAUCAAACACUUUGGUUGGAAGUGGGUGGGAGUAUUGGCAGAUAACGUGGACUAUGGCAUUCAAGCAGCCGAGAUGUUCAAGAUUCAAGUGGAGCGUAUGGGAGCCUGCAUUGCCUUCAAUGAGGCAAUCCCAAUCGACGGCUCCCGAAAAAAGUACCGCGAGAUUGUUGAAGUGAUAAGAAAGUCAACCGCGAAGAUCAUUGUUGCUUUUUCUUGCGACACCAACAUCGUCCCCUUGCUUGAAGAGAUUGUGAGACAAAACAUAACAGACAGAACGUGGGUGGCAACCGAGGGCUGGAGCACAUCAGGGCCACUCAGUGCUAUCAGAAAAGAGUAUGCUAAGUACUGGACUGGAACCAUCGGGCUAACACUCCCACUAUGCAAACUUGAGGGGUUCCAAGAGUUCCUCUAUGAAAAAAAUCCGGUGACAACCCGUGAUGAUACUUUCAUAUCUGAGCUCUGGGAAGACAUCUUUGGUUGCAAGUGGGCUUAUAAACUUCCAUCAAACGUAAGUCAAGCUGAUGUGAAGAAAUUGUGUACCGGCCUGGAAGACCUGAGGAAAGCGGAUCACGCCUAUACGGAUGUCAGUAACUUCCGCAUUGCCUGCAACGUUAUCAACGCUGUGUACGCUAUUGCUUACGCCCUCCAAGACCUGCAGUCCUGCAGAAAUGGGAAAGGGCCCUUUGAAAAUGGAACAUGCGCAAACAUACGUUCUUUUGAACCUUGGCAGGUUAGUUUUGCCUCAAUGAUAGAUGAAUACCCAGCGUUCAAGCAGUUAGCAUUCCUGAGAGGAUACAGCUGGUUUGAUAUGUGGCUCUAUCAACUUCUACAUUACAUGAAAAAUGUUCGCUUUGUCGACCGAUCAGGGAUGGAGAGAUAUUUUGAUAAGAACGGCGAUUUUUUAGCCGUGUAUGAUAUAAUAAACUGGCAGGUGUCUUCCAAUGGAAAGAUUCGUUACGUGACUGUAGGUGAAUAUGAUGCCAGAGAAGAACUGGGGCAUGAGCUAACCCUCAGAGAACAGGACCUGGUCUGGUCUGGUGGCACGAGGCAGGUGGGUUUACGAUCAACAUGGAAGAGUUUGGCUGGAUAUUUUGUCCAACAUUUUCCAUUUAAACUUUAUGGCGCUAUUUUUCACGACAUUGUUCUCUUUACACUUGCGAAGGUUCCUCGCUCUGUGUGCCGUGAAAACUGUCGCCCGGGGACUCGGAAAAACGUUGAGGAGGGAGAGUCGAUCUGCUGUUUUGAUUGCAUCCCCUGUGCAAACGGCGAGAUAUCAAAUGGCACAGAGUGUUUUGAGUGUCCGGAGGAUUACUGGUCCAAUAAGCAGAAGGAUACGUGUUUGCUGAAGGGAGUGGAAUUCCUUUCGUUUGAUGAACCACUGGGGAUUGUUUUAACUUUCUUUUCAGUACUCGGGAUCACCAUCUCUGCAGCUAUUUUGGCGAUAUUUAUGAAGUUCAUGAACACACCCAUUGUACGAGCUAACAACUAUGAGCUUAGUUUUCUCCUCUUAUUUUCUCUGAUAUUGUGCUUCCUGGCCUCGCUUGCCUUCCUUGGGCGACCUACGGUCAAAUUUUGUAUCCUCCGUCAGAUAGGAUUUGGUAUUGGUUUUUCCCUCUGCCUCUCUUGCAUCCUUGUUAAAACCAUUGUGGUGGUACUGGCUUUCACAAUGACCAAACCCAACCAAAAUGCCCUAAAACGCUUUCGGCCUAUGUAUCACCGUGUGAUUGUAGCAUCCAUUACCUUCAUUCAGAUAUGCAUCUGCAUUGGAUUCCUCUUGUCGUCACCCAUCUCUGUGCAGAAGGACGCAACAGUCGCAGUUGGUAAAAUUAUUUUAGAAUGCAGCCAAGGAGCAGAGCAAACGUUAUUUGCCAUUUUAAUUUACAUUGGGCUCUUGGCUAUUCUCUGCUUCAUUUUGGCAUUUCUAGCUCGGAAGUUGCCGAACAAUUUUAACGAAGCCAAAUUUAUCUCUUUUAGCCUCCUCAUCUUCUUUGUGGUCUGGGUUUCCUUCAUACCUGCCUACUUCAGCAGCAAAGGCAAAUAUAUUGUUGCCGUGGAAGUGUUUGCUAUUUUGGCAUCCACCUUUGGCUUGCUUAUUUGCAUUUUCUUCCCGAAAUGUUAUAUUAUUUUGUUAAAGCCUGAACUGAACACAAAGCGUGAGAUGAUGGGACGUGCUCCCGCAGCAGCAGGCAAUGUCCAGAAACCUUAGUUAUUUUAAACCCAACUCAUUUCCCUGGGGUUUUAGACACCUUGCGUAACAUCUUCUUUCUGCAUGUCAAUCUUUCUCAGACUUUUAAAGGGGAAAAGAUUUAGUAAGAAUCUGAAGUGGUAACUUUUUCUCAUAAAUGGUGGUGGGUGUAUGGAACGAGCUGCCACAGGAGGUAGUUGAGGCUGGGACUAUCCCAACAUUUAAGAAAUAUUUAGACAGGUACAUGGAUAGGACAGGUUUAGAGGGAUAUGGGCCAAACGCGGGCAGGUGGG